AUGUCAUCAGACGGGCAGGCGUGCGAUGCAACGAGGAACAAACCCGGAGCCGCAACGGCGGCCAAGUCCUCCAGUCUGAAAAGGAAGAUGGAGGGCCUCACCAUUAUGAGCACACCCACCACGAGAAUCCCAGGCUUUCCGAGCCCUGCUGGCCCUCCGAGCCCAGCAGGCCUCGCCGGCUCGCCCUCCACGCCGGAGCCGGCGACGACACCCGGCAGGGGAGCGGUGGCGGCGGUGAGGCGGCACACGGGAGGAGACAGGAGGUGGGAGGCGAUAAGGGAGACGAGCGAGAGAGAGUCGCCGCUGGGACUAAGCAACUUCCGGUUGCUAAAGAGGCUCGGCUAUGGAGACAUUGGGAGCGUGUACCUGGUGGAGCUGAGGGGAACGGGGGGCGCCUUCUUCGCCAUGAAGGUGAUGGACAAGGCCUCCCUGGCCAGUAGAAACAAGCUGAUCAGGGCGAAGACGGAGAGGGAGAUCUUGGGGCUGCUGGACCAUCCGUUCUUGCCCACCCUCUACUCCCACUUCGAGACCGACAAGUUCUACUGCCUCGUCAUGGAGUACUGCUGCGGCGGCAACCUGCACUCCCUCCGGCAGCGGCAGCCCAGCAAGCACUUCUCCGAGAAGGCUGCCCGGUAAGAUUCUGUGCUGGUCUCCCAUCCGCCACCCACGGUGAUUUACCAUACUAAAAUAACAAGAUGGAUGAAACCUCGGAUUACUCGAUCCGCUAGCCGUUGACUUAUUUUGGGUUGAGCUGCUCGAUCAUCUCGCCUUCUAUGAAUGAAAUCCAGCGAUAAAAUUGAAGCUGAGUAAUAUCCUUUCUACACGUUAUUCUUUUUGUUCUUGCGCCGUAUCGUAGGUAUUAUUCAUUCGAUCAUCAUCCGAAUUCUUUGUUCGGGGGGGAUUCGAGUUCCGUACCCAUCCAUGCACGACUGAAUCAGGAGAUUCAAAUGGGCAUAUACUCUUCUAGUGCAAGAUUGUUGGAAAAACAAAUAUGAUCUUGUUUUCUCAUGAUUUUUCCUGAUAAAGGGAAAUAAUCACUCUCACUAUUAAUUUCCGUUUUAGGGAUCUGGGACAGCUCUCAUAAUUUCCAGUUAUUUAGUUGGAAGAUCCUUUUUCCUCACCAUAUGCAUGCAUGCAUUGCACUGCACCUUCUCCGGCAGGUUCUACGCCUCGGAAGUCCUUCUGGCCCUGGAGUACCUCCACAUGCUGGGCAUUAUCUACAGGGACCUGAAACCCGAGAACGUCCUCGUCCGGGAGGAGGGCCACAUCAUGCUCUCCGACUUCGACCUCUCCCUCCGCUGCAUCGUUAGCCCCACCCUCGUCAGGUCCGGAAGCCUCUUCCCCGACGGCGAGAGCCACCACCCGCUCCAGGGCUGCAUCCACCCGUCGGUCCUCUUCCCCCGCUUGCUCCCAAAGAAGAACCGCAAGUCCAAAUCCGACUUCGGGCUCGGCGGCGCCUCCGGCACCCUGCCGGAGCUGAUGGCGGAGCCCACCGGCGCCCGCUCCAUGUCCUUCGUGGGCACCCACGAGUACCUGGCGCCGGAGAUAAUCCGCGGGGAGGGCCACGGCAGCGCCGUGGACUGGUGGACGCUGGGGAUCUUCCUGUACGAGCUGCUGCAUGGGGUGACGCCGUUCAAGGGCUCCGGGAACAGGGCGACGCUCUUCAACGUGGUGGGGCAGCCGCUCAGGUUCCCGGAGUCGCCGCCGGUCAGCGCCGCCGCGAGGGACCUGAUAAAGGGCCUGCUGGUGAAGGACCCGCAGAAGAGGAUCGCCUGCAGGCGGGGAGCCACGGAGAUCAAGCAGCACCCUUUCUUCGAAGGGGUCAACUGGGCGCUCGUCAGGAGCGCCCUUCCUCCCCACGUCCCGGAGCCCAUUGACCUCACGCAAUUUGUCAGCAAGGAGCCACCGCCGCCGCCCCUCCCGGAGAAGAAGGGUCUGGAUGGCAGCGGCGGCGGCGGAGAGAAGAGCAGCGGAGGUGGAGGAGGGGACAAGAGCGACGCUAGUGACCUCGAUUUUGAGUACUUCUAG